AUGCGAUACAGCUACAAUGCGCGAUGGACGUUUGGCUUCAUGAAAACGGAUUCAGCGCGCAGAGCGGUCCUCGCAAACUCUGGGUUUCCAGGAACAAAGCACGCCUGUCAAAGUCAUUGCAGAUGCCAGAAGCAGAACUUGAAGAUUUCUUCAAGUGUUACCGACGACUGGGCGACAGCAAGGCCCAUAUCGUCAUGUCGAAUGGCGUGGCGCGUGCCGUCACACGCGUUACGCAGAAUCAUAAUGACAACGCCCGCUUCUGUCAUCUUUUCAGUUCCCUUUUCAAGCACACAGUCGAUGCAGAGUUGGAUCAAGCCCAAGUCUUUGUCACACGCCUUGAUUCAGGGAGGGAUGUCCUGCCGUCGGACAGGAAAAAGAAAUUACGCAAAGCCUUGGUAUGAUCAAUUUCCUUGCACAAAAUGGAUGCAUACACUCUAUACUAUUCCUUUACAUCUUUGUGUGUGCUUGCUUUUCGUGUGUUAUUUUCUUUUCGUACAUGCCAUACAUAGCAAUGGCCCACACCAACAAAUAGUCAACCUUCUUGCAUACCCCCCUUCCAAAAAGCUUCACAGUCAGCUUGUCAAAUACCCCCAGGAAGUUGUGCCUGCUAUGGAUCAAACCGUGAACAAGAGAGAUUUGAACCCAACAGAUACUGAUAAACUGGUGGCCAUCAAAGGACUGGUCAUCCGCGCAACGCCAGUUAUCCCUGACAUGAAAGUUGCCUUCUUUCGCUGCCUUAGCUACUCGCAUAUCGUCCAGGUUGAAAUUGACCGCAGUAAAAUCGAAGAACCAGCCAGGUAUCCUCAUGAUAUUUGUGGAUCGGUGGGGACAAUGUCACAAACACCUCAUACCAUAUCUCUCAGCAUUUACAACGAGCUCGUUGAUGUAUUGAAGCAUGGGGACUGCUUAGUUGUGACAGGCAUUUUCCGCAGCAUACCUCUCAACGUGAACCCCCACCAAUGA